CCCUUACUGGUGUUUGUCGCGAUCUUACCAACAUCAACAUUACUGAAGCAAUCCUCGCAGGUCAACAGAUAAAGAAUGGGCUUCUGUCGGAGGUGCGGGAAUAUUGUCAUAGGAGAACGGUGUAAAUGUGGUGGCACAGCAGUUGCCCCCGUAGUGCAAUGGACAACUUCCAAAGAGCCCGCUGCAGACAGAUGGUCUCAGACUUACGUUUCUCGUGAGAGGUCUCCGAUUCGACCUCCCAGCCGCGCACAACCAUUCAACUCCGACUCUACCUUUCCGACCGCCAGUGAAAGUGUUAUCCCAGACGCCUCGUCUUCACUCCUGGAACGUCUACCCCGAAAGUACUCUAUCACUUCUCCUUUCGGAAACCGCACUUCUGUACACAUUGGAUCAAGUACAUCGCGGCCUGCCUCACCGCUGAAGCACUCAGUGUCGUUAAGCAACAUCCAUCACGAAGCCCCUCCAUCACCAACAACUAUCUCCGCUGCUGCAGGAGUCCUUCCUUCCCCAUACGCACCCGAACUUUCCAAAGCUUAUGGGUCAGUCCUUCAGCCCAAAGAAUCCCUUGCAUCCUACUGCUGCGCUAUCUGCUCCGCUGAAUUCCCACCAGACGCGACCAUAUACCCAGACCCUUCUGCUCCCGCAAUAGAUACAGACCGAUUCCUGUGUCGACAAUGCUUCGUCAAGCACGGUGGAUCCAAAGGCGACUGCCCUUCGUGUGAUCGUCCAGUGCUCAUUGUGAAGAGCGAGGGUGGUUUCGUGGAAACGUCAGGCCGUGUUUGGCACAAAAGAUGCUUUUGCUGUGACGGGUGUCACAAAAACAUUGGCGACACUCCUAUGGUCGACAUAUUAGGUCGACCAUCCUGCGCAGACUGUUUCGAAAGUUGCUUGCAGAGGGACAAUACGCCUUCCAAACCUCACCAAUCUCCAGGAAUAGAGAGAAUAGAGCGAAGUCACGUAGGCCGCUUCCGCAGAGACUCGACAAGUUGGCAAGGAAGCCCUGCAAUCGAUGAACUAGAACAGCGACUCGGAAUAAUGAAGAGUAGAGAAGGUAGCCCCGUGAUGGAAGAGCUCACGGCACGCUUAAAUGCAGUGCUCAAUCGCACACCUUCCAAAGAUGCAUCUCCGACACCAAGUGCCCUUGGUGCCUCAAUGUCGCGUUAUACCAAUGCGAAUUAUCGGGGAGAAAGUCCUAUUCCUGGUCGUAUUUCGGAGAGGAAGUUGCCCCAAACAUUUUCUCCAAUGGGGUCGCUCUCCUCUGCUUUCGACAGCGUCGACUCAAGCAACAGCUCUCCGCGAGCUGAUUUUUGGCAGACCAGAAGUCUCGAUGCUGGUGAACGUAGGACGAUACCUAGCACAACCAUUCGCGAACGGGUUGAGACUCCAAAGACGAACGGAUCUAGUCCCUCGUCAGGGCGACCCUCUGCUGAAGCAAUUGAAGAGAUGAAGAGCCGAUUUUUGCCACAAUCACCUUCGUCACCUGGCUCACGAACAAAUGCGAGCAUCGCGUGUUCCUCGUCUUCGCCUUCCUUCUACAAUAAUUCACCUGUAGGCAAACCCUUGGAGGGAUCGCGAAUCCCGCUCUCGAGACGGUCUUGCGGUUCUCCAGCGCUUCGUAGUGUAGCUAGCACUUCAAGCCUGUCAUCUCCGCGCCUUUCCUGGGCUCCAUCUACACCGGAAUUAAUGUCCGAUAUGUCAGACAUUACGACAGAGGCUUCAUCUCCAUCUUCUCCCCUGCCCUUUAGUCCACCAGCACGCCAUGUCGGCAUCUUCGGCAAUGGUAAUACGCUGUAUUCGCCCGACAAACCCAGUGACUUUGUUGAGUCAGAGCAUGACACUCGAGAGGUUAAUUCGACAACAACACCUAUACCAGCCGAACAGACACUCAAUCGACUUUCUAUCUCUUCUACUAUCCUAACACCUGAUUCACUUUGCGCGAAGUGUGGAGGGUCCCUUUCUACAAGCAGAACAGCAGGCCGGUUUGUCACCGUCCCUGAUGCUAAUACUACAGGGCCACCGAAGACAUAUCACCCCGAGUGUUUCAGAUGCGUGAUGUGCGAUGGCCCCUUUAAGGUGUCUGGGAUCGGCCAAGCAGUCUUUGCCAGAGGGGAAGGGGGGGCUUGUCAUGUGGAAUGCACCCCUCAUGAAAAGGCUCGGGUCAGAUCUACAUCUGUUUCAGGUUCGAUCACAUCUGCAUUCCCUUUGUUGCCCUCGCCCUCCUCGCCGUCAGAAUUACGUAGGGGCAUCGAGCGGCCGACGGCAUCGAGUGCCGCAAAGACCGUCACUCGAGCCUCAAUGACAGCCACUACCACUCCCUACUCAUCAUCUCGUCUGGAAAGACCAGCACCCAGGUCGUCUGCGCUUGCAGUACCCACCACGCCCCCUCGUUUUGGCAGCUCGACGACAUGCCCGGCAUGUUUCAAAUCCGUCUCUCUUAUGGAGAUGGGUGUAGUGCCUGGUCCUCAAGGUUCUAGAUGGCAUGCCUCCUGUCUUGUGUGUGGUGGUAAGGGAGCGAAUAAAGGGCGACGUGACAAAUCACAACCUGGUUGCGGCAAGAAGCUGGACUCUGCUGCGAAACGGGAUAUUGAUGGAGGUGUUUGGUGUAGGGAAUGCCUUCUUCUGCUUCCCCUGGAUCUGAGAAACCCUCAAGCAGACUCGCCCACCAAACCACUUGUGGCAUCACUGACGGGUCGCAGCGUAGGCGGUGGCACUUCCACAUCUAGAGCUGUUCAGCCCCAGUUCACAGGUACCACCACAAUCGCCCGUCAGUUUACUGGGUUGCGUGGCAGUGACGCAGCGCUUGCGAGACAAUUGACCGGUGGUGGCUUAAGUCCGACGAAACAGUUGGGCACUGCUACGCCUCGGCCCAGACCCAAGAGCGUGAUUGGCAUGAGAAGUGGAAAGAGCGUAGAUGAGGGUCGGGGGAUGUUCCUAGUUCGGCAAAUGACCAAUGGAGGAAAUUCGUUUGGUGUAUAAACUGUUUAGACUCUAGAGUCUGAACUCAGGACGAUUAUUGGAAUCUAUGAUAUGUACUUUGAUAACAAUAGUGCCGCGUGGCUCACAUGAAAUGAGAAUAGAUUACGGGCC